GAUUGGUGGAGGCACAGCGCGGCCAGCCAAUAAACGGAAAGUAGCCUGGCGGGGCUGGAUUUGAAGCGUUGGUUGUCUUACUCUGCUUCAUUUUAUACCAAAUUUACUGGGAAGAACACUCAUCACCUCAUACUGACGACGCCAAGAACACUCAAUAAGCAUGAGUUCUUGGCCAGCCACGGGUGGACUGACCGCCCGCCCCCUGAAUGCGAUCCAGAAUGAAAACUUGGCCCGCCCUCCCUUGCCGAACCGCACUCAUGUCCCCGGGGUGGCUGUGGACAAGGCCAAGGUGCUCACCCUCAAAAGAAAGGCUGAGGGCGUUCCCGAGGGCACCAAGGCUCCCAAGAAGAGGUCUGCACUGGGCGAGAUCACCAAUGCUAUUGAGAAGAAGCUGGUUGACAGUAAGAAGGGGGGAGAAGCCAAGAAAGUCCCCAGGCUGAAACGCACCCACUCCACUAUCUCUCUGAUCAAGGCAGCAGCAGGAAAGGCCACAAUCAACAAGGAGGCUGUGCAGCUGUCCUCCAUCAGGGCCAAGGGAGAGCAGCUGGCUGAGGUGCAGACCAAAGACAUCUCCUCCAAGACCAUUGGUGAAGGGAGUAAGUCUCACGGCAAGGACUUGACCAAAGAUGUGUCGUUCUGUGACUCACUGCCAAGCUCCCAGGAAGCAACAUCUUCACAGGAGUCUAAGGGAAGCAUGGAUGACUCGGCUUUGUAUAUCACUGCCUCAGAGGGAAGGAGUGUGUUGCGGACCCACAGUCCCCUGCAAGCCAAGGUGGUCAUGAAGGUGCCUCUGCUGGAGAAGACUGAAACAAAGGAAGAACUGCCCAAAGGAGUGGAGGACUUUGAUCUGGAGAUGAAGGAGGACCCUACAGCUGUGGCUGACUAUGCCAAUCACAUCUUCAAGUAUUACCGGGAGAGGGAGAAGAAGUUUGUGAUAGAGAAGUACAUUGAGCGGCAGCCUGACGUGAUGCGCAGCAUGCGGGCCAUCCUGGUGGACUGGAUGGUGGAAGUGCAGGAAUCAUUUGAGCUGAACCAUGAGACCCUAUACCUGGCUGUGAAGAUCCUGGACCUCUACCUGACUCGAGUCAUCAUCAAGCGGGACACUCUUCAGCUCAUCGGUUCCACUGCUCUCUUCAUUGCUUGUAAAUUUGAUGAACGAACACCACCCUAUGUGGAUGACUUCCUGUACAUAUGUGAUGAUGCAUACAACAGAAAAGAGUUGCUUGCCAUGGAGAUCAAGAUACUGAAGGAGAUAGACUUUGACCUGGGGGUGCCUCUGUCUUACAGGUUCCUUCGCAGAUAUGCAAGGUGUGCCAAGGUGGAUAUGGAGGACCUCACUUUCACCCGCUACAUCCUGGAGAUGAGUCUCAUGGACUACGACCUCAUAGACUGCUCAGACUCUGCCCUGGCCGCUGCUGCCCUGCUCCUGUCACGAUGCAUCAAAGGGGAGGAGCCCUCAUGGAACCCCACUCUGGAGUAUUACUCAGGCUACAAGAUGGAAGACAUCUACCACCUGACUCAGACGUUGCACAACAUGAUAAGUCAGCCUCCCAGGGAACACCUCAGCACCAUCCGCAGCAAGUAUUCCCACAAAGUGUUCUAUGAAGUGGCCAAAAUUCCCAUCCCUGAAAAAUUACCACUCUAAUGGUUAAAACCUGCAGGUGUUGGUGGUAAUGUACAAAUAUUUAUUUAUAUGUGAAAGACACAAGUGCUAUGGGAGUGCUGGCUGUCAGUACCAGUGCUCCUGAGCCAAACAAGAUGGAUGUGGCUUAGAACAAUUUAACAUUAAGAAUUCUCACUAUUAUUAUGUUAUGACAAAUAUGUUUUUAUUGAUUUAGAUUAAUCUUGAGAUACAUAUCACAUCUUUUUGUCCUUUACUGUAUUGUUUAUGAUACCAAUGUGGUCAUUGGUACCCUUUUUUAAGACAGACUGCUGCGCCUGGCUGGAGCAGUCUGAGUAAUGUAGAUACUUUGUACAUAGCAGAUUUAGUUAAUAGGAUAAUCUAUAUUCUUGAUUACUCUCAGCAUGUCACUGAUUGCCACAUUUGAUCAGGAUAAGUUCAGUAUCCACAAUUCACUGAUGCUUCUUUACAUAGUCUAUCUUUUGGUUGACAAAACAACGAAAUUGUCUAAGACACUGUAAAUUUGCAUAAUAAACACAGAUAAGAAAAAAUAGAAUACAAUUUA